GCUACUACACAAAGGGCUACUACACAAGGGUUACUACACAAAGGGCUACUACACAAAGGGCUACUACACAAAGGGUUACUACACAAAGGGCUACUACACAAAGGGCUACUACACAAGGGUUACUACACAAGGGUUACUACACAAAGGCUACUACACAAAGGGCUACUACACAAAGGGCUACUACACAAAGGGCUACUACACAAAGGGCUACUACACAAGGGGCUACUACACAAAGGCUACUACACAAGGGUUACUACACAAGGGUUACUACACAAAGGGCUACUACACAAAGGGUUACUACACAAGGGUUACUACAUAAAGGGUUACUACACAAGGGUUACUACAUAAAGGGCUACUACACAAGGGUUACUACACAAAGGGCUACUACACAAAGGGCUACUACACAAGGGUUACUACACAAAGGGUUACUACACAAGGGUUACUACAUAAAGGGCUACUACACAAGGGUUACUACACAAAGGGCUACUACACAAAGGGCUACUACACAAAGGGCUACUACACAAAGGGCUACUACACAAAGGGCUACUACACAAGGGUUACUACACAAAGGGCUACUACACAAAGGGCUACUACACAAGGGUUACUACACAAAGGGCUACUACACAAAGGGCUACUACACAAAGGGCUACUUACACCCAUAG